UUAGGAUUCUUUGGGAAACUCAGGAGAUAUUUUGGGAUCUGGAUGUCAUGAGUUUUGUUUCUUGUUGCUGUUAGUUUGGCUUAGUUUGUUCUUAAUACUCUGAUGUUUUAGAAUUCUGUGGAUUAAGUUACUUGAGCAAACUUCAAAGUAACUGUUUUUUCUGGUUAUUGUUGUUACUGAGUUUUCUUUUGUUUUUGUCUAUUUUUGUACUGUCAUUGUGUCAUUUGACUUGUCUCUUUCCCUUUCUCUCUCUCUUGUUUCACUUCAAAUUUACAUUUUUACUAAACCCCGUUUUCUAGGAUUUCCAAAAGGUUCCAUCUUUGAAAACCCAGAGCUUGUUUUUGUUGCUUCUUCAUUGGUUACAGUUUACUCAACCCCAUGUUCUAGGAUUCACCAAAAAUUCCUUCUUUGAAAGCCCAGAAGUGUUUUGGAUUUGUGAUUCUGGGUUUUGCUUGUUUUGUGAAUUCUUGAUUGGUUUAUUAAUGGGCCAGUCAAGGUUCAUUGUUUUUUCCUUUGUGCUUUUCUUUUGCUGUACUUGUUUUUGUUCUUCUUUUGGAGAUCAAAAUUUGGAUAAAAUCACUGAGUUACCUGGACAGCCAAAGAAUGUUGAAUUUAAUCAGUAUUCAGGAUAUGUGACAGUAAAUGAACAAGCUGGAAGGGCAUUAUUUUACUGGUUGAUUGAGUCACCAGUGAGCCGUAGUCCUGAGACAAAACCACUUGUUUUGUGGCUUAAUGGAGGACCUGGUUGCUCUUCUGUUGCUUAUGGAGCAGCUGAAGAGAUUGGUCCUUUUCAUAUUAGACCUGAUGGAAAGACCCUUUACUUGAAUCGUUAUGCUUGGAACAACUUGGCAAAUAUGCUAUUCCUUGAAUCUCCAGCUGGUGUUGGUUUUUCAUACACAAACACGACAUCAGAUUUAUACACUGCCGGUGACAGGAGAACUGCUGAAGAUGCAUAUGCUUUCUUAGUUAAUUGGUUUGAAAGGUUUCCACAGUACAAGCAUAGAGAUUUCUACAUUGCUGGAGAAAGUUAUGCAGGUCAUUAUGUUCCUCAAUUGUCUCAAAUUGUUUAUGAAAGAAACAAAGGGAUUCAGAAUCCUGUUAUCAAUUUCAAGGGAUUUUUGGUUGGAAAUGCUGUUACUGAUGACUACCAUGAUUUUGUUGGCACAUUUGAGUACUGGUGGACUCAUGGUUUGAUAUCUGAUUCAACCUAUAGAAGUCUGCGAGUUGCCUGUGACUUGGGAUCCUCUACACAUCCAUCCUUGCAAUGCAUGAGUGCUCUCAGAGUUGCUCAAGUGGAACAAGGAAACAUUGAUCCAUAUAGCAUCUUCACACAGCCUUGCAAGGAUACUGCAACUCUCAAACGGAACAUGAGGGGUCAUUAUCCAUGGAUGUCAAGAGCUUAUGAUCCAUGCACUGAGAGGUAUUCUAAAGUGUACUUUAAUCGCCCGGAAGUCCAGAAGGCUCUACAUGCAAAUGUAACUGGGAUUUCCUAUCCAUGGCAAACAUGCAGUGAUCUUGUUGGAAACUACUGGGCAGAUGCUCCUCUCUCUAUGCUUCCUAUAUACAAAGAACUAAUUGCUGCUGGUCUUAGGAUAUGGGUAUACAGUGGAGACACUGAUGCAGUGGUUCCUGUGACUGCAACUCGAUACUCCAUUGAUGCUCUGAAGCUACCUACUGUUACCAAUUGGUACCCGUGGUAUGACAAUGGGAAGGUUGGUGGGUGGAGCCAAGCAUACAAAGGGCUGACAUUUGUAACAGUAACUGGAGCAGGUCACGAGGUUCCACUCCAUCGUCCCCGUCAAGCUUUCAUCCUUUUCAGAUCAUUUUUGGAGAACAAGCCAAUGCCGAGGCCAUGAAAGAAGUCGAAAAAAGAGAUUUACUCUUCUCGUGUGCCCCUCCAUUCUUGCCUACUCUGUUCCUUUUCCUGGAUGCGUCCAAGUAAAAAGGAAAAUGCAGAGAGAUUUGGAGUUUGAGUUUAGAAUACAAACUUUGCCAAAAUUGUAGAAUAUUUGUAUGAAUUCUAUUCUUUAUAAGACUUAAAAUAAUGAAACAGAAAAUGUUGAUCAAAACCA